GAUAAAGACAAGUGUGAAGAUGAAUUUCUCCUCAGUGGUCCUGUCUCCGAGGCAGCUGCUGCAGCUGUGCAUCAGCGCCCUGCAUCACCUCAUAGCCAGCUUUUUUUCAAUAGUUUGUUACUGGACACCAGGAGUCUACAGAGGAGAAGCACACACUCCACCUGUUGACAGAAAAGUGGACCAAAGAGAAGUUCAAAAUGCAGUGACUCCAACAAGUGUCAACUACCACUUUACACGCAAGUGUAAUUACAAAUGUGGAUUUUGUUUCCACACUGCAAAAACAUCCUUCGUCCUGCCUCUGGAGGAAGCAAAGAGGGGCCUCAAACUCCUGAAGGAAUCAGGCAUGGAAAAGAUAAACUUCUCUGGAGGAGAGCCUUUCCUGCACGAAAAAGGAGAAUUUCUGGGGAAAUUAGUACAGUACUGUAAACAGGACCUCCAGCUCCCGAGUGUCAGCAUCGUCAGCAAUGGAAGCAUGAUCAAAGAAAAAUGGUUCCAGAAAUAUGGUGAUGAUCUCGACAUUUUGGCCAUCUCCUGUGACAGCUUUGAUGAAGCAACAAACCAGCUAAUUGGCAGAGCUCAGGGCAGGAAGAGCCACAUUAACAACGUUCACAAGAUCCGCAACUGGUGCCAGCAGUACAAAGUGGCCUUCAAAAUCAACUCGGUCAUCAACACCUUCAACGUGGACGAAGACAUGACAGAGAACAUACUGCAGCUCAACCCGGUCCGCUGGAAGGUGUUCCAGUGUCUGCUGAUUGAUGGGGAAAAUGCAGGAGAGAUGGCCCUGAGGGAAGCAGAGAGGUUUGUCAUCAGUGAACACAGGUUUCAGGAGUUUCUGGACAGACACAGCAGCAUCCCCUGCCUCGUUCCUGAGUCCAAUGAGAAGAUGAGGAAUUCCUACUUGAUACUGGAUGAAUAUAUGCGUUUCCUGGACUGUCGAGAGGGACGGAAGGACCCGUCCAAGUCUAUCCUUGAUGUCGGUGUGAAGGAGGCCAUUCGCUUUAGCGGCUUUGAUGAGAAGAUGUUUCUUAAGAGAGGAGGAAAAUAUGUGUGGAGCAAAGCCGACAUGAAACUGGAGUGGUGAAAACGUGAAACUCCAUGUAAUUGUGCUGAGUGAUGGUGUAAAUAACUAAUACAACAUGAGUGUUUGUGUGUGUUUGGUUUUUUUUUUUAUUGAUUUAUAUGGGCUUUUUGGAACAUAUGUUAUUCUUUGCACUGAAUAGAUAUAUUGUUUCAUAGAUUAUUGUUUAAUUGCACUGCAGAUACACUUAUGAGCAAAUAUUUCUAAUAAAUAUAUUUUCAUUUAAAUUA